CACCAGACAGUGUCAUCCCUUCUGACAGACAUCCCUGCCUCUUCAUACAGACGACAUGGCUCUUCCAACCCGAGCGCAGGAAAAGGCGGCGAAGGCCGCUGAGGAGGCGCGGAGGCGUCAGGCAAGAUCAGACCAACUGGCACAGAUGCGACAGACGAGCGCUGUCAUCGAAGAGCGCAGAGGACUGCCACCUCCGACACCUGUCCAGUCUCAAAGCCCUGCCACUCCAGCAGGGACCUCGCAGCAGAAUCCAGCAGUCGUCCAAGCAUCCGGAUCCCAACCAUCGCAGAAGUGCGGACCAGGACGACCGCGCAAGAGCCCUCCUCCCGGCGACGAUGAAGAGGUCGAGCCAUGGGGAGUCGAAGUCCCCCGCGACCGCGUUCCUGGGCCCGGAGCUCUUGUCCUGGAUCGCGUCCAGAUCCCAAAGCGUCCCGACACCGGCGCUAGCCCAGCCGUUGGCAUUCUUCGAGGCGCCGCCGCUGCCACCACGCCGCAACCACAGCGAAGAGUAUCAUUUGGUGAUAUCGAGUGGCGUCCCAUCCUCGACGCCGCACCCGGGGAGCGGACUUGUGCCUCUCUGGGAACACCUGCCAAUUCGGACUCGUCCGACGACGUGGACGAAGAGGCGCAAAAAAACGAGACCGUCAACGAGAAGACCCGGCUUCCUUUGGCGGGACGGAGACCACAUUCCCGCCACUGGAUCCACGACUGGACCAGGUACAAGGAGGAGGGAGAACUCUUUCGGGAUCCGGCGCAGCCACAACCAGAUGGGACUGUCCAGGAAGAUCCGGCCCGAGUAUCGCUGCGACAACGGGUAUGUGCAGCGUUAGGACAAAAAUUACAAAGACCGCUCCCUCAAGGUACUCCUCCGCCGUCAGAAGACGAGUCGCAGACCGGUGAUGAGGAAGAUUCGGCUGCUGUGCCAGUACGACCCGGUCAAGCAAAACUCCAGCCGGCUCCAAUACCUCCUAUGCCAGUACAACAACUGGUGCCCAGCGUGCAGCAGAGCCUUAGCGCAUCGAUUCAAAGCUGGACAGAUAACAUUCCUUGCGCAGUGCGCGUCGUGGUGAUGAUGGCUAUUCUCAGCUACAUCUUCGAACAAUUGGCAACAAGGAGCAAUGAUUCCUAG